UACAUAUUGUAUUCCCUAUUUUAGCACAAUAAAUUGAUAUUUCUUGUGUCAAAAUUGAUAUAUUCGGAUGGUGACUUAUGCAUUGAAAAGGUAGAAACUUUAAGAGAUUAUUAUAAUCAGAAAAAAAUAGUAAUGGAUGUAAUUUACUUCUUUAAUUUGGGGUCCCAUAAGAGACACAUCGAAAAAAAAACAAAUGCCCAAACAAGAAGGUGAGUUUUAAGUCGUUCAUCCAUCCAAGUGGAACAAUCAAACAUACAUCAACUUGCCACACACAAUUAAUUUGACGCCCCAACAUUGGAGUAAAGAGGCACUAAGACCAAAAAGCAGCAGCAAUUUUGCCCAAUAACGAUUGUCCAAAUCACUCACUCAAAUAUACUUCUUUUGGGAUAAAGAGUCGAAAAAAAUAAACCAAAUUGGAGUAUCUCUAAUAGACACCCAUAUUAGAGAUCCUUUCUUUCUUUAAAGCUCUCUCUCUCUCUCUCUCUCUCUUUUCAUCUGCCAGCUUGGGAUUCGUUAGCUGACGGAGUUUAUUACUCAGAUUCUUAAGAUGCACAGAAUUUAGAAGGUUGAGACCAUCAUUUUCAAGAAAAUAAUAAUUUAUGAUUGGGCAGCAGAAAGGAAUUUUUGGAACUGUGGUAUUAAUAUAAAGUUGGUUUUGGUUGUUCAAUUUAUGGGAAAAAAUGAACAUGCAGCCUGCAUUAUAUAUACCAAGAUCUAGUGAAGCACAACAUAGUAGCAUGGGUGUCUCUGGAGCUAUGCCUAUGUCUUUACCAAGUUUGCCUAAGUUAGAGGAGAAAUUUCCCAAAUUGCUAGAUGCUCUUCAUGUUAUCUCGGAGAAGGAGCUUACUACAAACCUCAAUUCUCCACGGGCAAUUUCAUCGAUGUCUAAGAGCGGAACAGUAGGGCAUCUACUGUCAUCUACUUUUGGACUCCACAAAGAUUUUCACUUUUCACCUACCUCUUCUCAAGAAACCUGGACACUUUAUUUUCCAUUUAUAUCAAGUGGGGCUUCUAUGUCAGCCAGCCAAGCUUCACACUCAAAUGUAGAUUCUAUAUCAUUGGAUGAUUAUCCAUCGGGGAACAAACAGAAUUCCUGGGGUAAAGAUUCAUCUCAUGAGUUUCUUGCUUUUCCUACAAAUGUUCCUGUUCAAAAUGGCCAAGUGGAAAGCCUCGUCGGCGUUAUGGCAUCUGAUGACCAUGCUAAGAGAUCUGAUUGGCAGGAAUGGGCUGAUCAGCUAAUUAACGAUGAUGACAUUCUUGGUCUUGGUUCAAGCUGGAGUUAUAUCGUAAUAGAUGUCAAUUUUCCUGAUCCAGAACCUAAGCAACUGGGAGUUUCUGAGAUCCCUUCUAACCAGCUGCAACCUCCUCCUCCUCCUCCUCCUCCUCCUACUUCAUCUUAGAAAAGCUGCCCCAUUGGUAGCCCAUCAUCUGCCACAUCUAAGCCUCGUAUGCGGUGGACACCAGAGCUUCAUAAAGUCUUCGUAGAAGCUGUAAAUAAGCUUGGUGGAAACGAAAAAGCUACUCCAAAGGGUGUCUUAAAGCUCAUGAAUGUGGAUAGCUUAACUAUCUAUCAUGUUAAAAGCCAUUUGCAGAAAUAUAGGACUGCUAGAUACAAACCAGAACCCUCUGAAGGAAUUUCAGAAAAGAAGCCAACUAUCAUCACAGAGAUGCCAUCUCUGGACUUAAGAACGACUACAGGGAUAACAGAAGCACUGAAAAUGCAGAUGGAAGUGCAGAACAGCUUCAUGAACAACUUGAGAAUGUUAUAGUUGCGGAUCGAAGAACAAGGGAAAUACCUUCAAAUGAUGUUUGAGAAAACGAAAAACAUGGGAAAAGAACUAAAUGUAUCAUCAUCAAAAUCAGAUGAACCUUCUUCACCAUCCACUGAAAUAAAGCUUGCCCCUCCUGAUGACAAAUCAGAUGCACCAAAGCAGGAUCAUGUCAGCACUGAACUUAGUUCGAAUGUUGCUUCAAGCCCUGCAGAUGAUCUCACUGAGAAUAAAGAACGAAAAUCAUGUGAGAAUCAUGACUCAAAUGGUAGAGACUUAAGUGUCCCUCCAGCCAAACGUGCAAAAUCGGAGGAAACAUCACCUUUAUGACCUUGACACACUUUUUGUAACUUCGUAGAAGGAAUAGUUGCAAUAUGAAUUGUGGUGCCUAUGCUAUUGACCGACUUGUAAAAUAAGAUUUUGGGUUUAGGGUGUGGUUUGCAUGACGGAAAAAAUAUGUUUCAUGAAACAUAUCUUCUUAUUUGUGUUUGGUUAGUAAGAAGAAAAUAUUGUCCGAAGAGCAUUUAGGUAUAUGAGGCAAAUACUCUGACACCAAACCCGGAUCCCCACGUUUUAACACAAUCAUAGACCUCCGUCCCAAUCCUGACCUCGACUAGGGACCUGACCUCCCACCUUGACCUUCACCUGACAGUUGAAAACCUACCACAAUUUGGAUCCAUUGUUGAUUAAGGACCUAAACUCGAUCCUUAUCUCGAAUUGAAAUCGGAGAUUUGACCCCAAUCCAAUUCCCAACUUUGACCUUAAGUUGGGGUUGGGAUUUGGAUUUUGUUCACAAGUUAGGGUUGGUUUUGGGAGUUAGGUCUUUGGUCAAGACCAGGGUCGAGAGUUGGGUCUUAGCCUAGGGUUAAGAUUUAGGUCCCAAGUUAGGGUCGGGUCUUGACAUUGAUUUAGGACCUAAUUUUGACCUUGAACUGCGAUUGAAGAUGACUCAACCCCAAGUAAAGACUCUACCUUGACCCCAAGUUGGGGUUGGGAUCGAGAUUGGAUCCUGACUAGGGUUGUGGUCAAGGUUGGAUCCUUGUUAAAAGUUAUGUCUCAGUUCCUAGUUUGUGUUUUGGAGUCGGGGUGUGAUGCUCAUUGAGGUUGGUAUUAGGAGUCGGGUUAGGGUUCAGAGUGGUCUCUAGUUGGGGUUGGGUCUCGAGAGUUUUGUCUAGGUUGGGGUUAUGAGUUGGGUCUUGGAUUAGAGUUUACAUGGUUUUCCUGAUUGAGGUCUAGUGGUGAGGUUGAAAAGAAGUUUUGAAAAAUUAAUUGGUUAUUUUAUGUUGGAAAUCAUUUUUCUUAAAUUGGAGAAAAGUAGAUUUAUUUGAAAAAUAUUUAAGUGAAUCAAACUUUAGAGUGUCAUGAACAAAUAUUUGGAGAAGUAAUGACACAUAUUGCACCUUUGUAAUAGGUAAGCCAAUCCAAUAAAACAUACUAUAAAAUAAGGUAAAUAUGUGGAAAAAGUAUUACCGUCAAGGCUCAAUAUCAUGUCUCAUAUCAAAAUGCUGAAGAUGAUAAAGAAAACAAUAAUAUAACUACCCAAAAUCAAGACGUCACGAGUACAAAUCAUUACCAAUAUCAAGUACAAUUGAAUGGUACGAAAAGUAUAAAGUCAAAAAUAAAGGAAGAUAGAAUAGAUUAUGUAUAGCUAUGAAUCAACUAUCAACUACUCUGAACGACACCCCUCAAACUAAAAUUUU